CUCACGUGCUAGUUACGGACUGUUUACCAGUCAACUAUUCAAAACAUUGUUAUGUUGAUUACUAUUUGUAAAGCAGUCGAAAACAGUGCAUUACAUUUAUAAAGGGCAUCGGGUAAUAAUAUAAAAUGUGACAUUAUUUGAAGCAGUUUUCAUCACAUUACAAAUCAGAUGAUGGAUGCAGAGGGUCUGCGAAUGAUGUCGCUUCGUCUGUCGAGGGUGCUAGAUGAUAUUGGCGUGAGCAGAUACAUAAUAGCCAGGCGAAGGAGGACGUGGCUUGCGAUAGAGACAAUGGAGACAAUGCCUAAAACGCUAAUGGGUGAAGGUUCCACCAAUUUUAUAUUUGGCAGCCAGAGUGAGGGCACUACAACACCUGGCAUGCAGUCGGACGUUGAUACGUUGUUGUGUUUACAAUCACCGCGUGUAAUAUUGGACUGGGAUGAGUGGCAACAAGGGAAAUCUCAUUUGCUGGUGAUAAAGACAGAGCGGUCUCCACCUCAACACUGCUUGCUGCAACGGCUGAGAACUGACUCACCGUUACCAAUGACACAUGUGAUGUUACCUUGUGAUGUAAAAUGCGAGGAAAGAGUGUUGCAUACGACCACUCUUAGUGUAGCGCAUUUUUUAAUGAGACAAAGAAGCCCGUCAGGUGAAGAAGUACUACAUGGCCCAUCCAUAAGUUGGGAUGAAAAUGUAGAUAAUGUGAUUGCAUACAAGUGUGUCACACUACCUGAUGAAUGUAAAAUCCUGUUUCAUAGACCACGUCCGGGACACUGGCCAAAUCCUGCCGUACUAUCAAGGGCCAGGCAGACUGAGGUGUUCCUGGUGCCACAGGGAUACACUGAGUCUCCUUCCAGGCCGUCCAAGUGUCACUCUACUGCACUGCAUGUUACACCGUAUGACCAAUACUAUCCCGCAUCUAAAUGGGAAUGGAGAUUUUCUACCUCAAUGAUGGAGAGGCUUCUGAUUUUUGACUUCAACACUAUUCAACUUAAAGUGUACGUACUCCUUAAAAUGUUAAGAAAAUCCUUCUUGAAACCAAUUGUUGGAGACCGCUUGAGUACCUUUCACAUGAAGACUGCCAUGUUUUUCACCAUCGAGACACACCCACCAGACAUAUGGAGGGAGGACAACAUUGUACAGUGUGUGAUCUACUGCCUAACUACACUGAUAAGGUGGUUGAAGAUAAAAUACUGUCCACACUACACUAUAGCCGGAGUUAAUCUUUUUAUUGGAAAGCUGUUCCAGUACGAGCAAAACAUUAUUGCCAACACAGUGACCAACAUGUUAACCUCGAAUCUGCAAUGCUGUCAUUUUAUUGAAAUGGAUUCACUUGGGGCAAAAGUUAUGGCAUUGCAACUAGGUGUUGUAAUAAGUGAAAACAAAUCCAGGAAUAUUAUGCACCAAACUAUAACAUCAAAUCUGUAUAGCGAGUAUAUGAAAACCUGCUAUGAUAUUACUACGAAUCUGAUGGAUAGAACACACAGUUGUGAUCUUCAACAGUUUGUACAAGCCACCUUACAGUCUAUCAUCACACUUGUCAACAUUUCUGAGCAAGGAACUGCAAUACAACAAAAUUCAGCCACUAUUUGUCUUGCAUAUCAUAGAGGCAAUCUUGCCUCUGUCAUAGCCUCUAGAUGCAUCUAUUUGGGACAACCAAUCACACAGGACAUUCUCACAAUGUACAAACUAUCCUUUGACUCAGAUCUGCUGUCCACUAAACUGAAGUUUGCUUCGAUGUUAUACUGCAGUGGACAGUAUGAGGCAGCAGAAAACUGGCUGAGCUACUGUGAGGGACUGCAGGGGCCAGAUGCGUUCCAAUUUUUUAUUGGUUCAGGAAGCGACCCUUUAGAACCAAAUAUCCUGUAUCUUGAAAAUAUCUUGAUUAAAUCCGAAAGGGAAAAGAUGAAAAGGCAAACCACUACUUGUGUUCAUUUUUCAAGACAUGAAAUGUGUUGCAUCCCCGAGUUUUUGGUAUUUGAGAUUUUCAGGACAAUAACUGAGGAGGACAGGCAGCAGAGGUGCCCAGCACUACAAUACAUGUGGAUGGACAUGGCUGCAGUACAAUGUAUACCUUUUCUCCAUUAUCUCCAGUAUCUCACAUACAGACAGCUCAAUCAGCACGCAAGAAAACGGGUGCCAAUUCUAAAGCUCAAAAGAUACAUAUGGAGCAACGUUGGGUCUGGCCAUUUUGAUACCACAUUGAAUAUGCUUGGUCACUGUUGUGAACUGGAAAAUAGGCUGGAUGAAGCAUGGAACUGCUAUGGAAAAUCAUUGCAAUUUUAUCCCAGAAACAAUGCUGCCUGCUGGCAUAUGGCUAGACUUCUUGUGAACAUGAGAGAUAUGCGUGCAUAAAAGUGUCUAGAAUACUAAAGGAAAUGUGUUCUGAAAUUGUGUUUAUGAUGAAAAUAAUGUUAUCAAACAAUAUUUAGCAAUAUUCAUUCACCAAUUUACCUUUUAAUGAAUGAAGAUAAGACUUCCAUGUUAUUACAAAAUUAUGAGUAUGAGUAUUCCUUGCAUGUUUCAGAGUAAGUUAAAUACAUGUUUAUCACACAAAUACUGCUUUGAUGCUCAAUGUAAUACGUAUGCAAACGUUGGUAUUCCUUUACAAACAAGGAACAUUUAAAUAAGGGAGGAGUUGUUUCGAGUUUUAACUAUGUUACAGUGCAUAAGGCACACCAUCUCAAUACUAACAAGUUUGUUUAUCCAUCGUCUUACUUCAAACGGAAGAGCUAUCACAGGACUUAACAAAUAUAUCUGACAAGAGAGGUCUUCAUGGUGGCCAUAACUUACAAAUUGUAUAGCAUUUCUAUUACGUUAUGUACUUGAAGACUAGUUCCAUGUUGUUUUGAAUAGCAGGUUUAUGUUGAGAUAACAAUUAAUUAUAUUCUUAACUAUUAUCCCCAACCAGCCUCUAUGUAAAACGCUAUAGAACGUUUUCAGUCCGAAAUACACGCAUUCUUAACGUAUCCAUCUGUGUAUACAAGUCUUUAAAAUUCAGAAAUAGAGAGGCUCAACUGUAAAUGAUUGUCCUAACCUGUCAUAAUUGAUUAUUUAUUAUUUACAAAUGGAUUAUUCUUGAUAUUUUUCAAUAAAAUAAUAUACAACCAUUGUUUUAAGUGUGGUGGAAAAUUACUGCCGUAA